UCCAAUGGACGCCGAGUUCAGGUUGAAAAAAUUGAAUAAUAUUGCAAGCUAGCCAGACACUUACUUUAUUCGCGAAGUCAGUGGUCUAUAUUUGUGAAAAAUAUAGAUGUUCUAUCGCUAAUGUCGUUAUGAUAGUUUCUAUUUGAGCGAACAUUUUUAAUUUAAAAUCUUAGGCCGAGGAAUUAAUUAUAUUAAUCAAGGAAGUCACUAGCUGGUUAGCCAAAAGCGUUAGCUAGCAGCAGUAUCUAGCUAGCUCUUUGUUUUGACUGUGAUGGUCUGAUGAUGUUGAAAAGCUUGGACAGCUGAUGGGUCUCGAGCUAAUGUUUAUAUGAACAUGUAUAUUAUGUUUUAAUGGGUUGUUAAAUAGUAUUUAAUGUGUAAUAACAUUACUUCUUCAACGAGGGGAAUAUACAUUUGGUUGUAAACGAACAAUAGCAAGUUUACAAGCUAGCUAAACAACGAGGGACUGAGAAGUGGACAUGGGCAAUUGUCUCAAAUCGCCGACGUCCGACGAUAUAUCUUUGCUUCACGAAUCCCAGUCUGACAGAGCAAGUUAUGGGGAGGCAGACCCAGAUUUGGAGCCACCUCCGCCUUACCAGGAGGAGGCCCACAUGCCGGUGUACCACCCCACCCCCAGCCAGGCCCGCCUGGCCAGCCAGCUGACUGAGGAGGAGCAGGUCCGUAUCGCCCAGCGUAUCGGCCUCAUCCAGCACCUCCCCCGGGGUGUCUACGACGGAGGACGGGACGGCUCAGAGAAGAAAAUCAGAGAGUGUGUGAUAUGUAUGAUGGACUUUGUGUACGGGGACCCCAUCCGGUUUCUGCCCUGUAUGCACAUCUACCACAUGGACUGUAUAGACGACUGGCUGAUGAGGUCCUUCACCUGUCCCUCCUGCAUGGAGCCUGUGGACGCCGCCCUGCUCUCCACUUACGAGACCAACUGACCACUGACCCUAAAUACAGCACUACCCCCUUCUGCCGAGCUCUGCCUUGCCACCCCCCCUACAAACACACGCACACAUACACACACACACACUUCCACCAGCCCCAACAAACAUACACAUGCUGCCCCGUUCCCCUCUGCUUUUUACCUUGGGAUAAGGAGCAGCACAGUGUCUUGGUUGGUGAUGACAUACGAGAGAGAGACUGGAAACACUAGUGAUUAACAAUGAAAAGACUUGGACCCAUCCACCCAUCACCUGGAACUGGCUGAACUGGGACUGGCUCUGAACUGAGACUGGCUCUGAACUGGAACUGGUUCUGAACUGAGACUGGCUCUGAACUGGAACUGGCUCUGAACUGAGACUGGCUCUGAACUGGAACUGGCUCUGAACUGGAACUGGCUCUGAACUGGGACUGGCUCUGAACUGGAAUGGGCUCUGAACUGGAACUGGCUCUGAACUUGAACUGGAACUGGCUCAGAAUUGGAACUGGUUCAGAACUGGAACUGGCUUUGAACUGGAACUGGUUCAGAACUGGAACUGCCUCUGAACUGGAACUGGCUCUGAACUGGAACUGGCUCUGAACUGGAACUGGUUCAGAACUGGAACUGGCUCUGAACUGGA